GUUGUGUUCAGGAUGUUGCUCACAGAACCAAGAUGGCAUCCGAAACUGGUACAAGUAUCGUGUCAAAUGAGCGAUGUGAUGUAAAUAAUACAAUUCAGCAAGUAUUCGAGCCGCUACGAAGGGAAAUAACCAACGUAAAAGUGUCCAGAACAGCGUGGAAAAGUGUUAUUAAAGAGACAAACGAGUUUUCAGACGAUCUAGAGUUACAUUCGAUCAGGACGCCCACGAUUUUCUCUACAGCGUCAUCGUUUAAUGCAAACACGGAAGGGAAAGGAUUACAGAGAAACGUGAAUUUCAUGAGCUCUUCUGGUGAUGUGGAAGAACGUACUACCUACAAACUUGCUAUCAAUACUACAUUACGCGUACCAUCCUUGGAAGCACACAGCAUGUCUAAUCAAAGAAAUGAGUUGGACAAUGUUGCAUGCCAUGCAGAACAGCCAAAUGGGAAUCCCGAUCACUGCAAUAAUGAAUUAUUGAAAUCUAAAAUAGAACCAGUUCAACAUGCUAUUCAUGUCGAUUCAGCAUGUAACAAAGAUACAACACUAUCAGGAGGGGUACACGCAGUAUCCACAAAAUUAGAAGGCUAUGUAAAUUUGGAAACUACUAAUACACCUCAAUUAGGAGAAAGUCCUCAAAGCAGUGGUGAAGUGAUUAAUAGUCCUAGAAGUCCAGACUAUCCUCCAAGAGUUUCCGACAGUCCAAAUAGUCCGGAUACAAUAUUUCCCAGCAGUAUGACAUCAGCAAUAGCAACGCCAACUGUUAUAAUGGAUACAGCAACGUACAAUGAAGAGAAUACAGAUGAUUUAACUACUAAAGCUAACAAGAAUAUGAUGCCUUAUUCAUUUUGUGGACAGUUACAGAAAACUGAAGAGCAAGUUUCUAUUACACAAGUACAAUCGAACGAAGAAGAAAAGAGAGAUAAAGAAGUUGAUAUUGUUCAUAGAGAUAUAAAAACAGAGAUUGUUGAAGUGAAAGUAGAACAGACAGAUCCUCAAGAACAAUUAGAUGUUAAAUCGGAUUGGACUACUAACAGUGUUACUACCACAAUAGUUGAAAAAAAUGAUCCUGUUCAGUCUCACAAUAAAGUAGUAAAUUGUAUUAGUUCUACGUCUUCGGGUUCACAUUCAAAAUCAUACUCAUCAUCAAGAGAUAAGCGAAACAAGGAGCAUAACGAGCGACGAGUUUGUUCACGUUGUUAUAAACGUAGCAAAAUAAAACGGGCGAGCAUUGGAGUGCAGUGCAAACGAGAUCGUGGUAUGGUCUCGUUAAGUUCUAAGCCCGUGUCACAUGCAUUCUCAAAAUCUACAAAUGAAAAUCUCAGGUUAAACUUGCAAACGAAGAAUUAUAAAAUGCUUCACAAUCCACCACUUAAAAGUGAACUACUCGAAGGCCUAAAGUACAAGAAAUUUAUUCAUAUAGAAACCUAUCCUAAUGGUGGUGCAACUGUUGUGCAUAUGUAUCAAGAUGAAAUUGAUGUAUUGUCACAUGAACAAGUAGAAGAAUUAGCUCAAGAGUAUUUCAAAGUAGUUUUUGGUGAAGAUGAAAAUGGAAAUGCACAUCAUGUUAUGGGUAUAGUACACAAUGCUGCUGCAUAUCUUCCUGACUUGUUAGAUUAUAUGGCAGACAACUAUCCUACCCUAACUGUUAAAAAUGGCGUGUUAGGACGAAACAGUGACAUAGAAACUACAACUAUGGCUCAGUACAAAGAUCAAGUUUGUAAAGCAUAUAGUAAUGGAACUGUUAGGUAUGGGCCCCUACAUCAAAUAAGUAUCGUAGGAACUGUCCAUGAAGAAGUUGGUGGAUAUUUUCCGGAUCUACUACAAAAGCUAGAAGAAAACCCAUUUUUAAAACUGACUAUGCCUUGGGGUCCACUGUCUGUUGUGAAGAUGGAUACACCUCAAGAAUCAAAUGAUGGUCCAAUCCUAUGGAUCAGGCCAGGAGAACAACUAGUUCCGACAGCAGAUAUAAAUAAAAGUCCUUACAAAAGACGUCGAACAGGAAUUAAUGAGUUACGAAAUCUACAAUAUUUACCUCGUCUUAGUGAAGCCCGUGAAUAUAUGUUUGAAGAUCGCACUAAAGCUCAUGCUGAUCACGUGGGUCAUGGAUUAGAUAGAAUGACGACAGCUGCAGUGGGUAUAUUAAAAGCUGUUCAUGGUGGACAACCUUCGGAGUAUAAUAGGAUUACGAAGGACGUUGUGGCAUUCUACGCUGGUGACUUUCCUGAACUAGUUGAGAAAUUACAACUGGAUCUUCAUGAACCACCGAUAUCCCAGUGUGUACAGUGGAUCGAAGACGCUAAAUUAAAUCAAUUGCGUAGACAGGGUAUUCGCUAUGCGAGAAUAAAUUUAUACGACAAUGACAUAUACUUUUUACCGCGCAACAUUAUUCAUCAGUUUCGAACGGUCUCAGCGGUUUCAAGUGUAGCUUGGCACGUAAGAUUAAAACAGUAUUAUCCAGAAUCACAGCACAACGCGAACAUUAGGCACACACGCGUUGCAAACGAUUCAACCCAUCGUAUAAAAGAAAAGAAACCUUUAGAAGCUGUGAGUAUAGCGGACGAGCAGAAGGAGAACACGAAUCGUCAACGAGUAGAGCAGAAACAUUCUAUCGACUCGCUUGAAGAGAAGAAAGCGAAGGAAAGAGCUGCUGAAUAUCAAGGGAACUUGAAGAAGUCAGAUCAACAUGGAAAGCGUAAAGAGGACCGUAAAAACAGAGACCAUACAAGACAUUCUUCCGUAUCAAGUAAAAGAAGAGAAUCCGAAGAAAAUAAUGAUAAUUGCACGCAUCUUUUUAGUAACAAAUCAUCAAAAAGUAGUUCAGUGGAACAGAAACAAAGCAGUGAGAAGAGAGAUGAUAAGAGGUCCGAAAGGAGACACGAAGACCGUCGCCGGUCAAACGAUAAAUCCAGUCACCAUUCUCAUGGCAGUAGCAGUCAUUCUGGAGAUAAGAAGAAAUACGACUGCAGUAGUCACAAAUUAGAUCAUCACCGUCACCACAACCGAUGUAGCAGUAACACCACAUCCAGCAAGGAGAGUAUUUCACCGGCUAUUGAAUCGAAAUCUGUCAGCAAAUUUAGUAGUUCAAGUUCUCUGACUAAGGAGAGUAAAAGACGUUUAAGUUCCUCGGACCUGUGCCCUUCGGAGCACGAUACAACCUCGGAUUGCAACGUUGUCAUUCUUGAACAAGACAUAUUGGCGCAGCGGCAGUUAAUAGCGCAGACGUAUGCGACGGAAGUUGUCGACAAGGCUUUAGAAAUUGCUAUUUACAAAUCAAAGACUGAUGUGGAGGAAGUUUGCCAGUCUUUGCGAACCGGUGUCGCCGAGGCUUCAAAGGAGGUAUUAGAAAAGAUACAUAAAGAAAGUUUUGAAAUCGCCGAACAGAAGUACAAAAAUGAUAUAUCAAAAUUAGAGCAAUAUUGUCAAUUACUGGAGAUAGAAACAACAUUGGCGUUUACGUCCAAAAUGGAGUGCGCAACCGAGAACGCAGUAAAAGCAUUAAUCGAGAUGGCUGAAGACGAAGCUAAGGAAAGAUCGAAGAAUGAAAAAGUUUGUGCGGCGGCUGCCAGUAAUUCAUCCGAGGAGAAUUCAUCGUCCGCAGUGAAGAUUACUAAUUCUUCUUCUUGUUCUUCAAUUGUAUCUACAUCUCCAACAACAGAAAGCGAAAGGCAUAGCAGUAAUAGUAGGAAUGGUAGCAGUGACGAAAACUCAUCGAAAUUGCCAUCAGAUUCUCAUUCGUCGCAUUCCGAGUCCAAGAGGAAGCAUAGGGACGACAAAGAUAGAAAUCAGCGACACAUAGAUAGAAGGGAUCGAGACAGACGCGAUAGAGAACACAAAAAGCACCGCCAUCGGAGUCCAUCGUCGUCUCAACGUAAAUCAGAUAGUAAAAUUGGAGAAAGUAGUAGUAAAGAGGAUCCACUGAAGAUCAUUACCCUGCCUAGAGAUUAUAACGUUUCUAAUAAAACUAGCGAUCGCACGGAUAAUAAAGAUAGUGAAAGGAAAUCUGAGAAAAGGAGAGAGAGGCAUCACAGUCAUGGGAGAGAUGGUCAAAAGAAAUCGUCGAGCAAUCAUUCGUCAAAAGACGACUCGGGAUCGAGUCGUUCUCAUUCAUCGAGUUCGAAUCACAAGAGGAAGUCUAGUUCAUCCGAGGAGCAUAAUAAGGAACCGAAGAAAGCGUGUAUCGAAAAGGAUGUUACGGGAACGGCAGAACAGAAUACUCUUGACAGUACAUUAAGUAUGAUAACAGUGACAACAGUGGCUCAAUCAUCGACGACAAGUACUGUCGUGCCAACAACGUGAAAAGGUGAAAUUUGUUUUAAGUCGUAGUACAAUCUGCUCGUUAGAAGAAAGAAAUCUGCGUGCAGUCCAAGUCACCCGUCGACGGUGUUGCACGCAUCGACUCUAAUUGAUUUGGAUGUAGUAGUUUUGCGUUAUAUAUCCAAGUUUACAGAAAUAUGAGAUGUGCACCAAUAUACAAAGUAUGGUAAAAACAAAAGUGUAUCAGACUUUACCAAAGUAAAGGUAAUUGCCGUGUUAUAUCCAAAGACCAGUUAGAACUUUUACCAAUCAAGGAUUUGCUAUAUCAUCAUUUUCAUGCAAUUAUACACAGCGCCUUAGUCUUAACAAACAAAACAGAAAACGGGGGAAAGAAAAAAGAAAUUACAAUUGUGAAAAUGAUUAUUGUCUGAAAGCAUUUUCUGAUACAGACUCGCAAAAAUUAUUUUGCUAUAUAAAGUCUCUGAGCGUCUCGCACACACUGCUGAGUAUGAAAGCGAAAAAAGUGAGUAGAUAUUUAUAGAAUAGGUGACCAAUACGAUGUGUACAAAACAAAAUUUGUACAAAUUUGUGAUCAGAAAUUAAACGGUUAGCACGUUAGUGCUGUACAUUGUAUAUAGAUUAAUACAUUAUUCAGAGAAUCAUUUUGCAGCGAAACAUGUUUAAGUUAUAUACAUAUGUACAUAUAUAAAUGUAUGUAUGCAUGUAUGCGCGUAUGUUUGUAUGCAUGCCAUAUGACUAUAUAUACAUAUGUAUACAGUAUACACGUAUACCUACAAGUUUAUGUGAUACCUAUGCAUGUAUAUGUAUAUAUACACAUGUAUAUGUAUGUUCAUAAUGGAAAGAGAAAGUGUAAAUGUAAAUUAUUUAUAAUUUCACUGAACAUUCUGCGUGAGUUGAAGGUUUUGGUUUAUUUUGCAGUUUAUCCUUAUCCAUUUAAUAAGAUGAAAGUUCUUAACACCGACAUUAUCGUUAAAUACUUUAAUAAUCGGAGAUCUUCUGUAUAUUUAAACUAUUUAAACUUCAUAUUUUAUUAAUAGACGACAGGGGGAGGACGAUAUCUUAUGUACUGAUUGAAGAGUGAGAGAAACACAUUGUGGUUCUGAAGGGUAUGUAUUGACGAGGUCACAUGUGCGUGUUUUCAUGUCUCCCAUGAAAAGUCCAAUUGUCAUAAUGUAUUGCUGGCGAAACACUAUGUACUAGUACUUUUCUAUUUAAACAAAUUUUAUUUAUAUGACAAAAAUGAUGAACGUAUGAGCAUCGAUAAACAAAUGUGCAUAGACAUAUAUGCGUGUAUACACAACACACACACACACAUACAUAUAUAUAUAUGUAUGUAUAAUAUUAAUCUUUUGUGUUAUUGAUAUUUAGUUUACUUAAUAAUCAACCCCUGAUACGAACAAGUUGUUUCAACAACUUCGUCGCAAUCUUUUAAUACUUCCUCCACUCGAGUACAAUAAAAGUGAAUAGCUUUGAGGACUUGCAUGUACUAGUAAAGUAUGAGCAUUUGGCCGUGUAGAUUUGUGCAUAUACAUUGACACUAAAGAAAAUUAUGUCCCAUCUGUAUAACAUUAGUUUCAUCUAAAUAUACUAAAUUUAAAUCAUUCAUCUAAAUUACGUGAUUUCUAAUUAAUAUGUAUCAAAUUACAAAAAUGUAAUGUCCGAAAGUAAAAUAUUUUGUUAUAAUACAUCGCAUUUUUCUCUCAUUGCACUUAUUAAAUUUUUUAAUUAUAAUAAUUUUCAUUGUACAAAUAUUUAAAAAUUUUAUAAUCUUUAUUCGAAUAUCGGUGUUUAAUAACGGCGAUUUUCAGCAUUUUUUGCAUUAUAAUAUUGUGAAUAAUGUGGAAAAUGCAUAUAUGCACAAUCUAUGCAACCAAUGGGCCCAAAAAGGUUGAAUGUACAGCAGUUGAUGUAAAAAAAAGCAACCGUGGGACACACUAAUGUCGCAGAAUUCUCAUUAACAAUACGCCUUUGAACAGAAUAAUAACUAAACAAUAAAGAUCUGAUUGAUAAUUGAAAACUAAUUACAAUUCAUUUAUACGUAUUUUAUUCUAUCAGAUGCAUGGCGUGAGCAUUUAUUGAAGACGUACGUACAGCGGUUGUCUUCCAAAAUGGACCAAAUUUAAGAAGUCAAAGUAUGCACUAGUUUCCAACAUGAAAAGUCUUCUCAGUUUUCUUGUUGCGAUUCUAAUCUUAUUAUUUAAAAUAGACUCAUCAAAUCUUUACAUUUUCAAUAUGGAUAUUUUUAUAUUAUUCCGUUCGCAAUAUGCAGUUUCUUUAUUUAUAUGUAUUCUUUAAAUUUAACUUUAUAUUAUCUUUCGCGUAUGAUACUUUUACUUCAUUUGCAUCUGCUAAUUACUCUGAAUAACAAGUACUUAGUUUUCAACUAUCUCGCAACUUUUUUUCCAAUUUCGUGACAAAACACUACGUGAAUGUCUUAUAAAUGUAGACACAGGUGUGUGUAUAAUACAAAUAGUGCGAACGUUUCGAUUAGUCGCGACACAGACAAUACAUUUGUUUUUAUAAAAAAAAAAUGAGAAGACUUUUAUGAUUGUUAGAGGAAAAUCAGAAAAUUGCUAUAAAACCAAAAAAUAUAGGUGCUGGACAUUGAAUACAGUGAAUUUUAAGGUGCCUUUACUCUGUUCGCCGCAAAGAAACUACCAAUAAUCAAUUCGUGACCACGAAUAUUAUUUCCGUUAAUACCAUUCAGAGGAUUAUUAAUAAUCCUCGAUUUUUCGCAGUUAUCGUACACUUUGAUAAUUUCUCGAUUAUUAUUAGUUUUUCGCGAAUGAGUGGACGGAACACAAAAUGUACAAGAUUACGUUAUUAAUUUAAUUUAAGCACGAAAAACACGUUCUAUGUACACAAAUUCAAGAGACUCAGUAUUAGAGUUUUCGUUACAUAUAAAGGAUUGCUUCAAAGUUAAGCCACUUUCAAAAUAUCGACGCCACGAUUAAAGAGAAGAAACAUGAAGCAAAUCGAAAAUAAUUUACCUUACUAUACGAAUAUUGCGAUUCGAAAUCAAUUCAUUGCGUUAUUUCAGUGUAAUAUGCAUACGUACAUAGAACUUCCGUUGUUCUCCGAAUACGAGUAAUGGAGAUUUAAUAUGUAUUCGUAAUAUCUUAUCUCUUCCAAUUUUUUGCUCGAUAUAAAUGCAUGCGAUGCGACAAUUCAGCAAUUCAUUCGAUUAAUUUGAUCGAAUAUCUUUUAUUUUCUGGUGCGAUUUUUAUAUAUUCUGCUUACAUGAGCAAUUUUUAUUGAAUAUUAUACAUCGCUUCUUUUAGAAGAACAAAUAUUAAUUGAAACGAACCUACUCCAAUUUGUUUUCGAUUAGAAAAACCAGAGUUAAGUACAUUACGAUGUAGAUAUAGUUUUAUACGAAUAUUGUACAUUGUAUAAUACCGUAUUUAAAAAAUGUGAGCAGUAUAUACAAUAAUGUAAUGUUUGAGAACAUUGUUAAGUAUAAUUUGGUUGAUUUUGUCGAUCUAAUUGGCUGAUGUUUCUACUUAACAUCUACCUAGCGACGCCAUAAUGGAAUUCGGAUUUUUUAGUUUAUUUAACUAUCGUUUUAAUGAUUGACACAUUUUCGUUGGUUCGCAAGGAUAAAUAUUACACGCGAAAUAGUUUAAUUUUACGAUUCUUGUAACAUAUUUAAUAGUAUUCUUGAGUUGUUUUUACGAGAAUCAUAGGUAUGUGUGAACGCACGUGGAUGUCAUGUGCAGUAUAUGAAGAUGAACAUAACAGUGACUGAGCGAAGCUGAUUAACAAAUUGAAAAAUAUGCGAUAUUAAAUUACUCUGUAUAUUUGUAAAUAUUCGAUAAGUUCUAUGUCAGAGUAAAUACGGAUAAAGAACGACACAGAAAUCAGAUACUCAUUUGUAAAGAAAUCAGUACAGGGGAUAUACACAAUAGUUAGCACGGAAUUUAAGGAUUAUUGCUAUUGAUGCUAGACAUGCUAUAAUUAUACAUAAUAAAGUAUACUAUGUUGAUCUUCUAAAAACCGUAAAAAAUUAUGAAUAUAGUAGUAUGUAGUUUUACAUAUUAUACCUGUCACAUGUGUAGAAGUUGCAUUCCACGUCUAAGUUUUUAAAGAAACAAAUAAAUUACUUUUGAUCAAA